AUGCAUACCCUUGCAUCCACCGUUGCGCCCUGGGAGUGUGGCAGCUUUCGCUUUGUGAAAAAGUUGGAGGAUGCAGCUCGGAACCACGGGCGGGUGGACAUGAUGGAAACCGAUGAAGGUGAGCAGCUGCCUGUGGCCGUCAAGAGAAUGCCGAACAGUUGGAUUCGAUCAGGUCCCGAAGAGUUUGCGGGAAAGCAUCCCUCUGAGUGUGAGAACCCGUGGCGCAACAUUGGCAUGCUGGCCGAACUCAAGAAGAAGGGCUAUGCUGCGACUUGCGAGUUGUUGGGUGUUUUCAGAGAUGAAGCUCACACAUAUGCAGUCACAACACUGGCCACUGGAGGCGACCUGUUUGCUUGGUGCGAAAACCGUCCGCGUCCGACCCCAGAUCGAGAGGCGGAGAUGUUGCCAUUAGUGGCCCAGACAUUCAGUGCGGUAGAGUGGCUGCAUUCGCUGGGAGUAGCGCAUCGAGACCUGUCGCUAGAGAACAUCUUGCUGACAGGGCCGAGCUCCGAUGCGCCGAACACCGUGAAGCUCAUAGACUUUGGAAUGGCCUAUGUUGGUCGCGUCUGCCCGGCCGUGACAUCACUGGGGCCAGGAAAACCUUCGUAUCAAGCUCCAGAGCUCCAUCUGCGCCGCGAGUAUGAUGGCUUCCAAGCAGAUUCAUUUGCACUAGGGGUUGUGGUCUAUGCCAUGGCUGUGGGAAAUUAUCCAUGGCAGUCGACUAAGCCUGGACGAUCCCGGAUUUUUGAUUGGGUGAGCUGCCACGGCAUUCGCCGAUACUUCCACCGCAGUGACAUUGUUGACUGCUUCUCACCGGCCCUGAUUGAACUCAUGGCCGAGCUGCUGCACCUGCUGCCUUCGGAGAGGACUGGGCUUGUGAAAUCCAGGUGCAGCUCAUCCAAGGUCUCGCAGCGAACAGUGUGGGAUUGCCAAUGGCUUGCAGCCCCUGCAACUCAAGGCAAGUGGCGGGCGAUGUCCAGCACAUCUGUCAGCACCAUGGCAACGGAGACAGAAUCGGAUGCCGAAGAGGCAGCAGUCACAGGUUGCCCCGUUUCCGAUUCAUCAGAGGACUCCGGCCGCGAACUACAAGCUUUUCAGGUUUGA